AGCGGAGGUUGUCGCUGCCCAUGGUGGCCCGCCGCGCGCGCAAGCGGUCCAAGUCGACCUCGGUUGACGCGCUGACGCCGUGCGCGUCGACGGUGCUUCCGCGCCGCGUCUCCCGCGCCCUCGUAAGUCUCCUUGGCGUCUGCGCAGUGCUCGGCGUCUACCUCGGGCUCACGGCCUCGUACAUCUCGGAGGAGAUGCGCAUGAACUCCGCGCUGGACGGCGUCAUGCUGGACCUGCAAAUGGACCGCAUCCGUGACGUCUGGACCGACGAGACGUUCGAGUGCCUCGGCUGGCGCGCGACGAGCGACUGCAAUCCCAGCGGCCGGCGCGAGCCGUCCAGUGACCGCAGCUGCAAUGCAGCCAUCGCGUCGACGAUGGCAGGCUACUGCGAAGUGCGCAAUCGGUCGAGCGGCGCCAUCUUCCACGUCAUGGCAACCACGUGCCGCAGCAUCGACGACGACGUCGUCUUCACAUGCAACAUGGCGCGGGACUUUACCGACUUUAGCCUCCUCGCCGCCGCGUACACAGAGCCGCCGCACAUUGCAUUCGACAUGCCAGCGUCGCCGCCGUCCAAUGGCAUCGUCAUGUCCGUCUACGAAGACGUUUUGCCGAGCGCCUAUGCUGUCGUGCGCACAUUGCGACUCCACGGCUGCAAGCUGCACGUCGAGCUCUGGUACCGGCGCGAGCAGAUCGACCCGCAGCACCCGCUGCUCCAAGAGCUUGUCGCGUCGCAUCAGUGCGCGCUGCGCGAGAUUUUCGAGCCGACGGCGACCCAUUUUCACACCAAGCCGUAUGCGAUCUACUACAGUGCGUUCGAGAACGUCCUCUUCCUCGACUCGGACAACAUCCCCGCCAAAGACCCGACGUACCUCUUCGAGUCGCGCGAGUUUGUCGAGCACGGGGCGGUGUUUUGGCCCGACUUUUGGCACCCGCGCAACACGCUCUUCAACAUGCAGCCGCAAAGUCUCUUGUGGCAAGCGCUCGACAUGCCGUACGUCGACAUGAUGGAGCAAGAGUCGGGGCAGCUCCUCAUCAACAAGAAAGCGUGCUUGCCUGCGCUGCGCAAACUCAUGUUUUACUCGGGCCAUGCGCCGCGGCUCCUCGAUGCGCUCGAGCUCGUCUGGGGCGAUAAAGACUUGUAUCGGCUCGCGUGGCUCAACACGUCGACGCCCUUUUUUCUGCAGCCGCGCCUCCCCGCGAUCGGCGGCCUCUACGACCCAACGUCCAAGUACUUUUGCGGUGUCGCGAUGCUGCAGUUUGACGCGGCCGGCGACGUUCUCUUUGUCCACCGGAAUACCGUCAAGCUCACGGGCCACGUGCGCGAGACGCCAGUGCUCACGCACGUGCAGACCUUUACGGGCGACGCGAUCGAAGAGUACAUCGUGUCGAUCCAGGGCAACCGCAUGGGCCAGUCGUCGUGCUUCUUCUUAACUGCCAAGAGCGUCGUGACGCCGGUGGAAGAGACGCCGUUCGCGACGCUCGAGGAGACGGCGAUCCAGUUUGCGAUCCAAGGCGCGGUUGCGUAUGCGCUCAGCGAGCCCGACGACCGGCAAGUGCUGCCCCAGAACGCGCUGCUACUCGUGCUACUUGUGCUCUUCGUCUUUGGCUUUGCCAACGUGGCCAUGCUGCGCGUGACGACGCGAAGGUCUUGGCUGCAGCAAUUCCGCGCCAAGCGGAAAAACUCCGUGCCCCUCGUCUAGUCGGUCAGCAAACCACAUAGUAGAAGUGCCCCAGUCGAACGUAGUACAAGUAGAGCACUAACACACACCAAACCCUUGGUCCACGCA